UUGCGUAAAAUAUUUAUAUGUACACAAAAACAAUGCAGUAAUCAUUAUAUGAUCUACGCCACCUCAUGACCUCGUCUACUUUAGACACUAGAAGACGAAAUGCUGCACAGGUCCAUUCUUUGCUUCAUAAUCGCUUGCAUUGUAACCGAUGUCACCAACUGUAUCAAAUAUGAAGCAAACUGGAAGUCGCUGGACACCCGCCCGAUUCCUGCGUGGUAUGAUGAUGCUAAGAUUGGAGUCUUUAUAAACUGGGGUGUUUAUUCUGUCCCCGGGGUACACGACGAGUGGUUCUGGUGGUGGUGGAAGGGCCCGACUCCAUUGCCAGAUGUGACGAGCUACAUGAAGAAGUUUUACCCGCCCGGGUUUACUUACGCAGACUUUGCCCCAAAAUUCCGUGCAGAGUUCUAUGACCCAAACAAAUGGAGAGAUAUCAUCGUUGCAUCGGGAGCGAAAUAUGUGGUUCUGACAACAAAACACUGUGAAGGUUUCACUAUGUAUCCCUCUAAUCACUCCUUUAACUGGAAUUCUGUCGAUGUGGGACCAAAACAGGAUCUUGUUGGGGGUUUGAAGACAGCCCUGCAGGGAACAGGAGUGAAGUUCGGAGUAUAUCAUGCCAUGCUGGAGUGGUUUCAUCCCCUUUAUCUUAAGGACCGGGAAAAUAACUACAAAACACAGUUUUUCCCAAAGGCCAAAGCAAUUCCAGAAGUCUACGAGAUAAUCAACACCUACAAACCGGAACUGUUCUGGGCCGAUGCUGUGUGGCUCUUCAACAGUUCCUAUUGGAAUGCAACAGACAUUGUGGCCUGGAUCUAUAAUGAAAGUCCAGUGAAGGACACCAUUGUGACCAAUGACCGAUGGGGGAAUGACACUAAGUGUCGCCAUGGUGGAUACUGGACGUGUGAGGAUAGGUAUAAUCCAGGUAAACUUGUGCCACAUAAAUGGGAGAAUGCCAUGACUAUAGACCGGGUGUCCUGGGGAUUCAGAAAGGAUACAGACCUGGCAGCCAUCUUCUCAAUAGAAGAACUCCUGGAGGAUGUCAUUUCUACAAUCAGUUUUGGAGGGAACAUACUAAUUAAUGUGGGACCUACUCCAUAUGGAACAUUUGCCCCAAUAUACGAGGAAAGAUACAGACAGCUUGGGGCGUGGCUGAAGGUGAAUGGAGAGGGAAUUUAUGCCACCCAGCCUUGGAUACAUCAGAAAGAUUCAGUCACUCCUAAAAUAUGGUAUACUACUUCCAAGGCCAACAAGAAGGCAGUUUAUGCCUUUUUCCUGACUUGGCCGCUUGAUGACCAGUUGGUCCUGGGAUCAGUAAUGGUCACUGACAUCUCCAGCGUCCAGCUCCUAGGAUCCGGUGCCAUACUCUACUAUAUUGAGGCUCCCACAGGGACAAAGAUUAUGUUUCCAAAAAUAAAUCUUCCUAAAAUGCCAUGCUUGUGGGCAUGGACUCUCAAGAUUACCUUAAAAUAAGGAAAAUCUAUAAUAAUUGGGGGGGUGGGGGUUAAAUAGUUGUUGUAUAAUGUAAGUUUUUUUUAAAAAUUAUGAUAUUUAAAACUGUGUUUUUUUUAAAAUUAUAAUUAUUAAAAUGAACAGACACACAUGCAGAAGUUGUGAUAACUCAGUAACAUAUUGCAGCUUGUCAUGUUUGAUUUCAGUUAAAAUGUUGACUGUUUUUCGAGUUUAAAUUGUUUAUAUUCUUGUACUUGUGUAUUUAUUUAUAAUUUAUUUUUUGAUUCAGAAGUUUAUACAUUUUUAGAUACAUGUAACAUAUACUUAGUCUUCUUCACAUUCCAGGAAAUUUUAAUCCAAAAACUGUAUAUGAAUGGAUUACUGUGAUAUUUAUAAGGAAAUCCACAUUGUUUACAUGACGCAGUAGGGUUGUUUUAUACGAUAUCAUACUCCAUGUAUAGUUAUUAUCCAGUAGAAUUCAUUUACUUUAUCAUAGCAAAAUCUAGCAACGACUCCAGGUAUUAACAACAAUCCUGUCUUCCGAGUCUUUGUUUACAAUGCUUUUCAUUAUUAUGUAAUUUUAUUUAUGCAUAUACCGUAUGUAUAGCUGGUUUUUUGGCAAGUAUACAAUUGUGUCGUAUGUAUACAUUAACAUUGUUUCCAACUCGUAUGCAUGAUCAAGAAGGAUAACUCUGAUUAGUUAACGAUGCAGUGGAUAGGCUUUGUGAGCAGAUCUCAUCCAUAUUCUUACCAGGCCAAAUUUACUAUUCAUUCAGUAUAUUCAGUCAGCUUGAAACAGAAAGAAAUAUUAAUACAGAAAAAUUCAGCAGUACUGCAGCUUGGACCAGAGUCACUUUCUGCUUCAAAUGUUUGGGAGAUUGUCAACAUCCCAGCUAAAACAUCAGAAUCACCCA